AAGGGAAGCAGUUGUAUAGGAGUGCAAUGAGUUGCACACCACCAAAGAGCAACGACGACGACACUGUGGAAAAUCGACGGACAAAAGCGACGUCGCCGUGCUUGAGAGCGAGAGUGAGCAGCAGUAGUAGCGAGAGCUGCCACGGCUGAGGAGGCCUAUCGUCGCGUGUAGCCGAGGAAAACGGCCUCAGUGUAGAGCCAGUAGUGCAGCAGAGCGGAGCUUACGGCGACGACACGCUGAACGACGGCGGUUGAUCGAAAGCGGGUGGUGUGUGUGUACUACGAGGGAAUUGUUCUGAAAGUGCAUGAUAAGAAGUGUGUUGGGUAUAAAUCAAUUAUUAUUGAUUCCAAACUCGGGGGAGUGUGAUAAGCGGACAAAACUCUGACCCGGUUGGUUGCUGUCCGUGUUGGAAGAAGAGAAGAAAAGUGAAAGGGAUUCGGGAAGAUAUCAGUUGAGAGUGAAAUUAAGCAAAGUUGGGAGUUACAAUGAAGCCUAGAUUAGUGGCAUGUGGAUUAGCGUUGAUACUGGCACUGAGCAUCUGUUUACCGGCUGCCUUGGCCGCCAGUAGUGACGAUGACAGCGAUUACCACUACGACGACGAGUACGACGAAGAGUAUGACGACAACUACGACGAUGGCGACCAGGGUUCGCUUGACAGUGACAAAUCGAUGCCGGCAAGUACCCGGAGUCCUGCGACAACUACGACUAGCACCAUCACUACGACUGGUCGGACAACGGCAGCACCGCUCUGGAGCGACGAAGAUGAUGUUCGCGAGGACUACCCCUGUCCACGGGAUUGCUCCUGUGAAGAUGGAACGAAGUUCCUCAACUGUUCCCAGCGGUCACUGCUAGAGAUUCCAACGGAUUUGCCGAAGAAUGUGAUCCGGUUGGAUUUGAGCGGGAACAACAUAAAACGCAUUCCGGUGGAAGCGUUCCAGAAUUGUACCGACGUACGAGAGAUCCUGUUGGAUCGGAACGUGAUCGAGGAGAUUGACAAGGAGGUUUUCAUGAACAUGGCACAUUUGGACGUACUGGGGUUGGCGGGUAAUCAGCUGAGUCAUCUGGCGACGGACACCUUUGUGGAAGCACAAUCGCUGAGGAGGUUGGUGCUCAGUGAGAAUCCGUUGGUGAUUUCGGACGAGGGGCCAUUCUUGGAGCAGGAAGAUUUGGAGGAACUGGAACUGGCACGGUGUAACCUGACCGAGUUGACACGGGAUGCAUUUACCGGGAUGGGUGGACUCAAGUGGCUGAAUUUGGCCGGGAAUGAGUUCGAUGAGGAUAUCAGUACCGACGUGUUCGAACCGUUGGAAAAUCUACAACGGUUAAACUUGCCACCGCUUUCGGAGGACGCCGUGCGGGAACUAUGCGAUGUGGUGAAAUCUAUCGACGUUGUGGACAUCACAACCCACAACAUCAGCUGCUUCUACCUAGCGUCGGAAACUUCCUAUGAGGAAAGCAUCAUCACGCAUCCUCCGAUCACUCCCGAACCGAAAAGGGAACCCACCGAAGACUCUGACGACAGCAUACAGAGCAAACCGACCAAACCGGCAAAGAAAGUGAUCCAAAAGGAGAAUGAAAUCGAUUCGGAUCAGGAACAAUCCAAGAGCACACCUGCUCCUCCUCCGAAAUCCAUACUGCCAGUAAGAAAAUCAACCAGCACAAGCGACAUCACCACCACGACGACAAACGCUGCUCCGACAGCCAGCGGUCCAUCGUCAGCUUCCAUCACUCACUCUGCGGACGAUCCCAGCUCCAAAGAUGACGUCAAGAAGGAAACCACUCCGGAACAGGACAACCAAUCCCUGCUAGCUUCCAUCAGUUCCGAUACCAUGAAACAACUGCUGAUGGGAAUCAUCGGAGUCGCGCUCCUGGUCCUGCUGAUCGGUAUCAUAUGCCGGCAAACGGGCAUCAAGAACAAACUGUGCGGCUCCAAGCGAAGACCGGCCCCGACGGAUCAGGUGCGACCGGCCGAGGAGGUACCGCUGAACAAAGUCUAGUUUGGAGUCUUUGAAUUCCAUCAACCGCUCCGUGUGUGAUAUUACUUAAAAAGUAUUAGAUUACGACGACGAGUGUGUCCCUUGUCCGGUGCUUAUGACACCCAAGGCUGAAACCUUACUCAGCACAAUGCGGUAUGAAUAUUCGUAGAGAUUUGCCAAGCAAAUACUCUCUGCACGCGGACCAACAAUAUUUUUCGUGCAUAAAACAAAUACAAAUAUACACACACACAAACAUACAAAGAAAUAGAAAACGCAUUUAGUACGGGACAGUCGAAACCAUAGAGCAACAACGAUGGCGUAAUUUCAGCCGGGAAUUGCGACAGUCGUACGUGAAUAAUUGCGGACAGGUAAAAAGUAAUCCCCAACCCCUCUUUGUGUGGGGAAAAAAAUAUCUGAGGGAACAAGUACACCACACGACAGAAAGCGAGUGCUUUUUUUUGUAAAUAUAGUUUGUAGUAGCGGACGAGUAACGUGAGGUGUGAAUCGGUGUGACACAUCGCCUGAUAGUUGAAGGUUGCGGUGACGAAUGAAUGAAUGAGAAGUUCUUUAGAUUGUAACUAGGUUAAGUAGACAUCCACACUCACACGGCUCUAGGGUAGGUGGAACAUUCCUUUUUUUCGAAGAAGAUAAAAACGAUUUCGUAGCAAUUCUGAUAAGAGAUAGAGGGUGAGGUAGCACGUGGAAAUAACUCUUUUGUGUGUAAGCUAAUUACGAUUGUGAGUAAAGAGAACCAAAAAUUUUACCUUUAAUAUAGCACUUCGUUCUACACAGAACGCUAUUGUAUUGAAACCGAUAAACACACCUUUUGUAUACGCGUUAGAUCAAAUAUUGAUACACAGAAGCAGUAGACCAUCCCAUGUAGGCAAUUUACCUAGAAACCGUAGCCUUUAAGGUAGUCAAUGCACCAAUGGACAACGGAAGUGUUCUCCAGUCGGUUCGAAGUUAGAUUACACAUUUUGUAACACUUGCAAGUUCUCUUUGGCGUGCUAAAAAGGUGCAUCGAGUCAGCUUCAUCACGGUAGUAAGUAAUAAUUAGUAGGCAACUGUCAAUUUUACCACUUUAUGGAAACUGAUUUAAGGCAACAAAUAAAUACUAGCCAUUGAAGUAGAUUGUGCGGGAAAGGUUGUUUCAUUUCACUGAAUGAUUAGCGAGAUUUAAAAACUUGCAUGCAAGUAGUUAGGCUUGCAGUUUGCAAUCAAUAUUGCUUCGAAGACCUUUGAUUGCAUACCCAUCAGGCGUUGAGUUCAAAAUCUGCCGAUUUAA